CAUCGAGCGGGGCGACGGGCAUUGGGCGCCAUUUUGAAAAGGGAAAAAAAAUCCCUCCCCGUCGGCGGCGGCGGCGGCGGCGGUAGCGGCAGCCGGGGCUGAGCGCUCGGCUGCAGCGGCGCGGAGGCCGUCUCCCUGGUCUGCCGCGGUCCCCGCCCGUCCCGCCGCCGGCUGCCAUGGCAGGAGCCGGAGGCGGCGGCUGCCCCGCGGGCGGCAACGACUUCCAGUGGUGCUUCUCGCAGGUCAAGGGGGCCAUCGACGAGGACGUGGCCGAAGCGGACAUCAUUUCCACCGUUGAGUUUAAUUACUCUGGAGAUCUUCUUGCAACAGGAGACAAGGGCGGCAGAGUUGUUAUUUUUCAGCGUGAACAAGAGAAUAAAAGCCGCCCUCAUUCUAGGGGAGAAUAUAAUGUUUACAGCACCUUUCAAAGUCAUGAACCGGAGUUUGACUAUUUGAAAAGUCUAGAAAUUGAGGAAAAAAUUAAUAAAAUUAGGUGGUUACCACAACAGAAUGCUGCUCAUUUUCUACUGUCUACAAAUGAUAAAACUAUAAAAUUAUGGAAAAUAAGUGAACGGGAUAAAAGAGCAGAAGGUUAUAACCUGAAAGACGAAGAUGGAAGACUUCGAGACCCAUUUAGGAUCACAGCGCUACGGGUCCCAAUAUUGAAGCCCAUGGAUCUUAUGGUAGAAGCGAGUCCACGGCGAAUUUUUGCAAAUGCUCACACAUAUCAUAUAAAUUCCAUUUCAGUAAAUAGUGAUCAUGAAACAUAUCUUUCUGCAGAUGACCUGAGAAUUAAUUUAUGGCACUUAGAAAUCACAGAUAGAAGCUUUAACAUCGUGGACAUCAAGCCUGCGAACAUGGAGGAGCUGACCGAAGUCAUCACCGCAGCCGAGUUCCACCCGCACCAGUGCAACGUGUUCGUCUACAGCAGUAGCAAAGGGACCAUCCGCCUGUGUGACAUGCGCUCCUCGGCCCUGUGCGACAGACACUCCAAGUUUUUUGAAGAGCCUGAAGAUCCCAGCAGUAGGUCCUUCUUCUCAGAAAUAAUUUCAUCCAUAUCCGAUGUAAAAUUCAGUCAUAGUGGGCGGUACAUGAUGACCAGAGACUACCUGUCGGUGAAGGUGUGGGACCUCAACAUGGAGAGCAGGCCGGUGGAGACCCACCAGGUCCACGAGUACCUGCGCAGCAAGCUCUGCUCUCUCUAUGAGAACGACUGCAUCUUUGACAAGUUUGAGUGUUGCUGGAACGGUUCGGAUAGCGCCAUCAUGACCGGGUCCUACAACAACUUCUUCAGGAUGUUUGAUAGAGACACGCGGAGGGAUGUGACCCUGGAGGCCUCCAGAGAGAGCAGCAAACCGCGCGCCAGCCUCAAACCCCGGAAGGUGUGUACGGGGGGUAAGCGGAGGAAAGACGAGAUCAGUGUGGACAGUCUGGACUUCAACAAGAAGAUCCUGCACACGGCCUGGCACCCCGUGGACAAUGUCAUUGCCGUGGCUGCCACCAAUAACUUGUACAUAUUCCAGGACAAAAUCAACUAGAGACGCGAACGUGAGGACCAAGUCUUGUCUUGCAUAGUUAAGCCGGACAUUUUUCUGUCAGAGAAAAGGCAUCAUUGUCCGCUCCAUUAAGAACAGUGACGCACCUGCUACUUCCCUUCACAGACACAGGAGAAAGCCGCCUCCGCUGGAGGCCCGGUGUGGUUCCACCUCGGCGAGGCGCGAGACAGGCGCUGCUGCUCACGUGGAGACGCUCUCGAAGCAGAGUUGACGGACACUGCUCCCAAAAGGUCAUUACUCAGAAUAAAUGUAUUUAUUUCAGUCCGAGCCUUCCUUUCCAAUUUAUAGACCAAAAAAUUAACAUCCAAGAGAAAAGUUAUUGUCAGAUAUCGCUCUUUCUCCAACUUUCCCUCUUUCUCUGCCAUCACACUUGGGCCUUCACUGCAGCGUGGUGUGGCCACCGUCCGUGUCCUCUCGGCCUUCCUCUGAGUCCAGGUGGACUCCGUGGAUGUGUGGAUGUGGCCCGAGCAGGCUCAGGCGGCCCCACUCACCCACAGCAUCCGCCGCCACCCCUUCGGGUGUGAGCGCUCAAUAAAAACAACACACUAUAAAGUGUUUUUAAAUCCAAA